CCAGAAAUUAAUUCUACUCUGUUUUUAAAGAUACCUAAAAUUUUAGAAGUUUUAACUCCUAUGCCAGCUGGUUGUUUUAAGGUCUGAGGCUGGAUUAACGAGAAGAAUAGUAGCAUAUAUAUGAAACUGCUCUUGUGUAAAGAGCUUUACAUUGGGGUGGGUAGAAGGUAGAUCUCUGUUUUGGACUUUCAGCUCCCAGAAGCCCCUGCCUGUGUGGCCCAUGGUCAGGAAUGCUGGGAGUUGAAGGCCGAAACAGCUGGAGACUUACUUUCUGCCUUAUAUUCGUUCUCGCAGUGAUGCUCUGAUGCCAGUUAUCAUUGUCAGAUGCACGCCUGAGACUGAUUUCCCUAAGGUCAUUCAUCAGUGAGUGCUUGAACGCAUGCCUCCGGAGCCCUUGCCUAGCACUCAUUCAUAUUAUUAGUGGUAUUUAUUGUGUCCAGUACUCUUCCUCGAAAGAUUAUUAAAUAUGCUUCCCCGACCGUCUCCUCUCCAAAGGUCUUUCACGCUCUGACCUGCCUCACUUUAGCAGCACAACUAUAUCGUGCACAACUGGACUGCUCUUUUGUUGUCAUUACACAGCAUUGCAUGCUUCUGACUUCUUGUCCUAGGGGUGGUGGUAUCUGUAGCUUCUGAAUGGUGAAUGUGUGCCUUCUCCUUUUAUAGGUUAGCCUUGGCUGCUUUGACUCGAGAACAGCUGGCUUCUCUACAGUUAUGAGUCAGAACUCGCUUGUUCUAGAAUGCUAAUAGCGUAUAGCAGAUAGUCUUGUGGUAGUUUUAGCUGAUAAAAAGCAGUGCACAAUGCAUGCAUUUUGAAAGGGAGGAAGUAUUUUUAUUGGAAAGAAUAGUUCCUGCAGGUGUUUACAAAAUUUCUAGCAUGGGAUAGUUAUAAGAUAAUCUGAGAAUGAUAUUCAUUAACAUUUACCUGUAAUUAUAGAAUAUCAUUCCAUUUGUUUUCAAACCUGGGCAAAAAAUAAAGAUCCGAAACUUUAAAGUGGUAUUUUUUUUCUCUGAGGGAAAAAUUCUUGUGCUGCCGUCUUCAUUCCUGCAUAGCAUCUUUCAGUCUUGGACGUUCUUCUGUUUUUGAAAGUAAAAAGGAGGAAUAUAGAGCAUCUUCGGGAACACCCCUUUGUUGGAUUUUAUCCAUGUCCUGUUAACCGGUACUUUCAGCUAUGGAAUCGACAGUUGAUGAUGAAGCGAUGGCGGCAUAAAUGAAGGCCAAGUAAGGAAGGCAGAACGAUGCCCAAGGGUGGGUGUUCUAAAACACCACAAUUGGAAGAUUUCUCUCUCAGCAACGACAUGGUGGAGAAACAAACUGGGAAAAAGGAUAAAGAUAAAGUUUCUCUAACCAAGACUCCAAAAUUGGACCGGAGCGAUGGCGGCAAAGAGGUGAAGGAGAGAGCGACAAAACGGAAGCUGCCUUUCACUGUUGGAGCAAAUGGAGAUCAGAAAGACUCGGACACAGAAAAGCAGGGUCCGGAACGGAAGAGGAUUAAGAAGGAGCCCGCAACUCGGAAGCCCAGCCUGCUCUUUGGGAUGGGGCUUUCAGGGAUCCGUGCGGGUUAUCCACUCUCUGAGCGCCAGCAGGUUGCCCUUCUCAUGCAGAUGACGGCAGAGGAGUCUGCAAACAGUCCAGCAGUAGAUACAACACCAAAGCAUCCUUCUCAGUCUGCGGUUUGUCAGAAGGGAACUCCUAAUUCUGCCUCCAAAACCAAAGAUAAAGUAAACAAAAGAAAUGAACGCGGAGAGACCCGGUUGCACCGGGCGGCUAUUCGAGGAGAUGCACGACGCAUCAAGGAACUCAUUAUUGAGGGUGCGGAUGUCAAUGUGAAAGACUUUGCAGGCUGGACAGCGUUGCACGAGGCGUGCAACCGGGGCUACUACGAUGUGGCAAAGCAGUUGCUCGCCGCAGGCGCCGAGGUCAACACCAAGGGCCUGGACGACGACACUCCGCUGCACGAUGCAGCCAGCAACGGGCACUACAAGGUGGUGAAGCUGUUGUUACAUUACGGAGGGAACCCUCAUCAGCUUAACAGGAGGGGAGAGACGCCAUUAAAAGUAGCAAAUUCCCCCACAAUGGUGAACCUGCUCCUGGGGAAGGCGACGUACCCUUCCAGCGAAGAGAGCUCCACAGAGAGCUCAGAAGAGGAAGACGCUCCUUCCUUUGCACCGUCCAGUUCCGUUGACGGCAAUAACACGGACUCGGAGUUUGAGAAGGGCUUGAAGCACAAGGCCAAGAGCCAGGAGCCCCCCAAAGCCAUCACGCCCGUGAAGGAUGAAUACGAGUUCGAUGAGGAUGACGAGCAGGACAGGGUCCCGCCGGUGGAUGAUAAACAUCUGUUGAAAAAGGAUUACAGGAAAGAGACAAAAGCAAAUAGUUUUAUUUCCAUCCCAAAGAUGGAAGUGAAAACCUAUACUAAAAACAGCACAAUCACACCAAAGAAAGCAGCCCAUCGCAUCCUUUCCGACACAUCUGAUGAGGAGGAGAGCAGCAUCACUGUGGCAGCUGGAGAAAAGCUGCGGCUGGCAACUCACUCGCUCCCACCCAGCAGCAAGGCCCGGGAACCAUCCAGCGUCAAGCAGCAGAAAGAGAAAAGCAAGGUGAAGAAGAAGCGCAAGAAGGAGGCAAAGGGCAAAGAGGUUCGGUUUGGGAAAAAAAAUGACACGUUUUGUUCUUCCGAGUCAGAAAGUGGAAAUCUAGAGAGUGAGGAGGAUGACAGGGACUCUGUGCAAAGUACUAGCUGCGUAAAGGACUCUAGGCUGGUACUAAAGGACUCAUCCCUGUUCAACUCCCUUUCUGCCUCCUCCGCUUCCUCCCAUGGGAGUCUGGGGUCACAGAAGCAUAACCCUGCUCUCGCAGAUCAGCACUCCAAGCACUGGAGGACAGACAGCUGGAAGACCGUCUCCUCGCCAGCCUGGUCCGAUGUCAGUUCCUUAUCGGAUUCGACCAGGACGAGGCUGACCAGCGAGUCUGAUUAUAGCUCCGAGGACUCCAGCGUGGCCUCGCUCAAGCCCACGAGGAAGAAGCAGGAGCCCAAGAAACGAGCUCAGAGGGCGGCGGCAGCUGCUCCAGUGGUGGUGGUGGAAAAGAAGAACUCGUUCCACGCGAGCGUCGAUGGGGCUAUUCCAAAGCUGGACAAGGAGGGGAAGGUUGUAAAAAAGCAUAAAACAAAACAUAAACACAAAAACAAAGAGAGGGGCCAGGGCCCCGCUGCCCAAGACAUUAAAAUAAUGAAAGCCUUUUCGUUUGACUAUGAGGACUCUAAGCAGAAGCCCGAAAAGGCUUUGAUUGUAGAGGCUGACAGCCCUGUGGAGAACAAGCUCAAAGUGCUGAAGCAUGAGAAGGAGCACUUCAAGAAGGAGGACAAGUUUCUGAAAAACAAAUCUGAAGAGAAGGAAUGGCCAUUUAAAGAUGAGGCUGGGAAAAACUCCAAAGAGGAGAAAUCCUUGAAAAAAGCCAAGGAGGCAAAUAAAGACGCUAGUAAAUCGUUCAGAGAAGAAAAGACGAGCAGGUUGGAAAAAGAGAAAUCCAUAAAGGAGAAAUCUCCGAAAGAGGAGAAACCUCGAAUGCACAAAGAGGAGCGAAAGAAAAAAUCCAAGGACAAGCAGUUCAAGGCUGAAAAGAAAAUUGAUCCAAAGGAGGAGAAAAUAGCAAAACCGGAGAAAGAGAGAGCCCCCAAAGAGGAGAAAGAUAAAUGCAAAAAAGACAAAGGUUACAGAGAGGAGUCCAGCUUUGAAGAGUUCAGUAAUAAAAACCAGUUUUUGGAUAAUGAGGACUCAAAGUUCAGCCUCUCGGAUGAUCAGCAGGAUCGGUGGUUUUCAGACUUGUCUGAUUCUUCCUUUGAUUUCAAAGGGGAGGACAGCUGGGAUUCACCAGUGACAGACUUCAGGGAGGUUAAAAAUGACACCGUGGCAAAACUCAUAAUGGAAACAGUGAAGGAGGACACGAAAGACAAGAAGCGGGAGAGCAAAGCAAAAGACAAGAGGGAGUACAGCGAGAAGCGCAAUGAAAAGGACACUUUUCUGAAAAAGAAAGAGCGUGAAUACAUCGAACGGAACUCUGAGAAGAAAAAGGACCAAAUUGAAAAGCAUAAAGGUAUUCCCAGCUACCUGCCUGAAAAGAAAAGGAAGGAUUCUGCUGAAAGCUUUAAAGAGAGAAAGGAAAAGGACAGCAGUGAAAUCAGCAGAGAAAGAAGGGAGCUGUCCGAUAGCGCUAAGGAGAGAAAAGAUGUUAAAAUAAAACAGGAGGAGUCCUACAGGGAGGAGUUCAAAGACUAUAGCUGUGAACCGUUUUUCAAAGAAAAAUCUGAUCCAGAAUUUAGUGGGAAAAAUGUGGAGACCUGGGAACGGCAUCAUUCAGGGAAGGAGAAGAAGGAUGUCUCUGAAAAAGAGAAGAAAGAAAAAUUAAAAACAGAAAAGUACAAGGAAAAAUCCAAAGUGGAGGACAAAGAGAGAAAUGAAAAGACUCUUCCUGAAAAAAACCAGAAGGAUAAAGAGUUGGAUAAAGGCUUCAAGGAGAAGAAAGAGGCAAAGGAGAAAUACAAAGAUCCUCACAACAAGGAGAAGGAAAGGAAGGCUUCCUUGGACCAGGCUAAAGAGAAGAAGGAAAAGAACUUUGCUGGGGAUAGAGAAGACUUCCACGAGCGGAGGGAUGAAAAGAAAGGCCGUGACAGGACCUGGUAUAACAUCUUGGACAUCUUCACUGAUGAAAGUGAAGACGAGAAGGAGGACUACAACCUGAGUGGAUUUAAAUUGGGUGAGGGCAUCGGGAGCGAAAUGCACCGGAUGGAUAGCCUGCAAGAGAAAGAUGACGGAAUGGCAGCUGAGAGAGACCUUUACCUCUCCGAAAAGCACCGGAAAUAUUCCUCUGAUAGGCAGCAUUCUGCUGAGAAGCAAAAGGAAAAGGAGUCCAAAGAGAAGAAAAAGGACAAAGGGCUCCCAGAAGGUGGGAAGGAGAAAAAAGAAAAAAGCUCCUUUGAGAAACACAAAGAGAAGAAAGACAAAGACUCAGGUGACAAGUACAAAGACAGGAAAGACAGAACCUCAGUAGACUCUGUCCAAGAAAGGAAGAACAAACAGAAGCUCCCCGAAAAGGUGGAGAAGAAACACUCUGGGGAAGAAAAGGUCAAAAGCAGGCACAAGGAAAAACUGGAUAAAGAGUAUAACAAGGAAAAGCGGUCUUCAAAAAGUGGAGAAGCAGAAAAGAGCAUGCUGGAGAAGCUGGAGGAGGAAGCCCUCAAUGAAUACCGGGAUGACUCCAAUGAUAAAACCAGCGAGAUCUCUUCUGAUAGCUUCACAGACAGAGGGCAAGAUCCAGUGCUUACCAGUCUCUUCGAGUCUUCCAGCCUUUCUCUUGCAGAGGCCUCUGAGGAGAAGUUCAAGGAGUGCCCUCCUUUGCCUUGCUUGCCAGAUAAACUCAAGGAGAAGGAGAGGCACAGGCAUUCCUCCUCCUCCUCCUCAAAGAAAAGCCAUGAAAAGGAAAAAGCAAAGAAAGAGAAAAUAGAGAAAAGGGAUAAAACAGACGACUUUAAAGAUUCUAGCAGCAGAAAGGAUUCUGCUCAGUAUGAGAAGGACUUUGCGAUGGACGGAGAAGGCUUUGGCAUUUCAUAUACCACAAAAGCAGAGGCUGAAGAAGAACUGGACAAAAAUAUGGAAUACUUGUUUCCUGAAAAAAAGGAUAAGAAUGAAUCAGAAAGAGAACUCCCAAAGAAGGCAGAAAAAGAUAAAGCUUACAGUUCCAACACAGUUGGCACAACCAAAGAGAAAAAGAAGAGAGAGAGGCACAAAGAGAAAUGGAAAGAGGAAAGAGAGAAGCAUCGAGACAAACACACCGAUGGGUUCUUUAAGCAUCACAAGGAAGAGCAGAAGUCUGCCAAAGACAAGGAGAGUUCUCAAGUGAUCAUUCUUAAAGACAAAUCUAAAGAGGAUCCGCCCAGAUUGAACGAUCUCAAAAUGAAGGAGCGCCUCAAGGAAAAUCAGGAAAAAGACAAAGUGGAUUGUCUUAAAAUGAGCAACGGGAAUGAUAAAAUUACCUUACCCAAAGACAGCAGCAAGAAAGACAUCAGACCGAGAGAAAAGCUCUUGGGAGAUGGUGACCUGAUGAUGACCAGCUUUGAGAGGAUGUUGAGCCAAAAAGACCUUGAGAUUGAAGAACGCCACAAGAGGCAUAAAGAGAGAAUGAAACAAAUGGAGAAGAUGAGGCAUCGAUCUGGAGACCCCAAACUAAAGGACAAGGUCAAGGCCAAUGAGGACAUGCGCAAAAGGAGCCUGGACUUGACCGCAAAAAAGCCAUUAGCGCUUGACACUCAGUUAAAGGACAAAAAGCUCAAGGAGCUAGGCCCACUGGCUCCCAUAGUGUCCCCUGAUAACAAGACCCAGCCGGCUGUGGGGGUAGACUCCAAGGACUGGAUCGCUGGUCCCCAGCUGAAGGAAAUCUUACCUGCUUCCCCAAGGCCGGAUCAGAACAGGCCAACGGGGGUGCCGACACCAGCAUCUGUCGUUUCUUGCCCGAGCUACGAGGAGGUGAUGCAGACACCGAGGACUCCAUCCUGUAGCAAUGAGGAUUACACGGACCUGAUAUUUGAGUGCACUGAUUCCCAGCAUUCAUUGCCUGUCUCCACCAUGUCUAUGAAUGCCUGUUCGCCAUCCUUCUUCGACAGAUACUCCAAUCCGUCAAGUGGAUUCCCUGAGAACCCUAGUCAGACCCCAACGAGGACCAUUCCUUCCACAAACCUCCACCGUUCCAUGUCUGUGGAUAUCCGAAGAGCGCCAGAAGAAGAGUUCAGCGUUGGGGACAAAUUUUUCCGGCAGCAAAGUGUCCCGGCCGCAUCCAAUUAUGAUUCCCCGGUCCAGCACUUGAUGGAGGAGAAAGCACCCCUGCCCUCGGUUCCCAUUGAAAAGUUCCCAUGUCUGUCUCCGGAAUAUUAUUCACCGGACUAUGGAGUUCCAUCCCCCAAAGUGGAGGCAUUGCACUGCACCCCGGGAAUGGCUGGCAGCGUUGUCCAGUCCCCCGAGAGCGUGUUUUCUGGAUUGCAGGCCAAAUCCUCUCCUUCUCACAGGGACGAGCUGCUCGCCCCCUCCGUUGAAAGUGCCCUCCCACCGGACCUCGGCAUGCCUUUGGAUGCCACGGAAGAGCAGCAGGCCACUGCAUCCAUUGUGCCCCCCGAGUCCAGCUUCUUGCCGCCCAUUGAGGAGACUGAGUUUGACCCGGGCAUGCCAGAACAGAACGGUGCUGAGUGGGAGGAGAGCGCUCCCAAAGGAAACCCGGACCCCCCUGUGCUGCCCAGUUUAAUUGGCAACCCUUCUGAGCACCCGCCUGGCUGGUCAGUAGGACCAGAGCUGCUCCUGAAAUCUCCGCAGCGGUGCCCUGAUUCUCCAAAGCCGUUCGGUUCUCAAGAUGCCGCACAUCCCACGGCAGCGCCCUUCAUGUCUGCAGAGGCCCUGUACCCCAGCUCCCCCGUGUCUUACCCCCUUUCCGGGGUUGAGCCAGGGCUGGAUAAAGUGAAGCAAGACGCCGAAGCAGCCGUUCCAACGGAAAUGGCGACUGCAGAGCAGCAGUCCGCCUACGGGGAUCCCCCUGCCAGGCUAGAGACGUUCUUCAGUGGCGGGAAGCCAGUCCCAGAAGAGGCCUCCGACACGCCCGUGCGGCCGGCCAGUCUGCCGGCAGAAUCCCAGGCGGAGGCCGUUCACGCGCUCGAAAAGAACCACUUGGAGAACGGCACCUCUGCUCCUGCGAACCCCGAAGAACAAGUCACGUGGCCUGACCCAUUCACACAUUCGGAAGAUGACCUGGAUCUGGGUCCUUUCUCUUUGCCAGACUUGCCGCUUGCAACAAAAGAUGUCCCAGAGGUUGAAACCGCAGAGGCGGCCCAGGAAGGCCAUGCUGCAGCUUCGGAGGCACUUGGUGCAGCAGCACCUGCAGAUGUCAGAGGGGCUUCAGGGCCUGCCAGUGGCCAGGAAGAGCCGGCUCUGAAGCAGCAGAGCCUCCUGCCCGGGGAGCCGGAACCACGGGCGGCCGAGCAGAAGUCGGAGGAGGCCUUGCUGGACGUCGUGUCAGGCGCAUCAAGUGCUCCGGAGCCGAAGGGCAUAGAACAGGCGGAGACUCCCCAGAACACUCAGGAGGCGGUGCCGGCAGAGGCUGCCCCCCUGGAGCCCACGGAGGCUGUCGCGGACUGCAGAGCCCCCUCCUCGGCUCCCCCUGCCUCAGAUGGCAGUUCUCAAGCUGGGCUGAGCCAGGAAGGCAGGACUGAGGGCGCCGAGGCUCAGGAGGGAGCUGGCGCGCAGGGCGCCGGCCAGGCCCCUUCCUCCCCGGCUGAGCCGCCGCGGGGGAGCGCCCCGGUGGAAGUCACGGAGCCCUCGCCCAAGCCAGUUCCCGAGACCCCCAAGCCUCCCAAGGUGGAAGAGAUCCCCCAGCGGAUCACCCGGAACCGAGCCCAGAUGCUCGCCAACCAAACCAAGCAGAACGCGGUCGCUUCCGAGAAGGAGUGCCCCCCGGCCUCUGCCCCGCCCACACGGGCCAAGGGGCGCGUCGCGGAGGAGGAGGACGCCCAGGCGCAGCACCCGCGGAAGCGCCGCUUCCAGCGCUCGAGCCAGCAGCUGCAGCAGCAGCUGAACACGUCCACCCAGCAGACGCGGGAGGUGAUCCAGCAGACCCUGGCCGCCAUCGUGGACGCCAUCAAGCUGGACGACAUCGAGCCCUACCACAGCGACCGCUCCAACCCGUAUUUCGAGUACCUUCAGAUCCGGAAGAAGAUCGAGGAGAAGCGGAAGAUCCUCUGCUACAUCACUCCCCAGGCGCCCCAGUGCUACGCGGAAUACGUCACUUACACGGGCUCCUACCUGCUGGAUGGCAAACCUUUGAGCAAGCUGCACAUUCCCGUGAUCGCGCCCCCUCCGUCGCUGGCAGAGCCCCUCAAGGAACUCUUCAAGCAGCAGGAAGCGGUCCGCGGCAAGCUGCGUCUCCAGCACAGCAUCGAGCGGGAGAAGCUGAUUGUGUCGUGCGAACAGGAGAUCCUGAGGGUUCACGGCCGGGCCGCAAGGACCAUCGCCAACCAGGCCGUGCCCUUCAGCGCCUGCACCAUGCUCCUGGACUCGGAGGUGUACAACAUGCCUCUGGAAAACCAGGGAGAUGAGAACAAGUCCGUCAGGGACCGUUUCAACGCGCGCCAGUUCAUUUCCUGGCUGCAGGACGUGGAUGACAAGUACGACCGGAUGAAGACGUGCCUGUUGAUGCGGCAGCAGCACGAAGCGGCAGCCCUGAACGCCGUGCAGCGCAUGGAGUGGCAGCUGAAGGUGCAGGAGCUGGACCCCGCCGGGCACAAGUCGCUCUGCGUGAACGAGGUGCCCUCGUUCUACGUGCCGAUGGUGGACGUGAACGACGACUUUGUGCUCUUGCCGGCAUGACGGGGCCACGCCUGGAGACACACUCACCGCAGACUGGCACGGGGGGUGCCCACUCCACCCCCCAGGGACGGGUGCAGGUGCCCACACACACCCCAACCGCUUGCUGAUGAAUCCCUAGACAGAUGAGGAGGAAGCAGAAAACAGGAGAAAACAGACGGCACUUUCCACACACUCUCCCCGCGCACCAGCGGGGCAGGAGGAGGGGAGGCUGCGCCCCUUUCACACCGGUCGGCCGGCGGCGGAAGGCAGGCGGGCAGCCUCCACACAGCAAGCGCGUGUCGGACCAGUGGGAGGAGGAGAGGCUGGCGGAGCAGGCGCGAGCGCCCCCAGGACCCGACACGACCCACGCCACGCCGGUGCCACGCGGGCGAGGCCUCCGGGGCCGCCAGCACGCUCGCGUCACAGCACCUCCGAGCGCUUCGAUUCUUCCAUUUGCCCGCGGGCAGAUCCUGCUCUGGAGACACCGCGGGGCAAACCACGGGGUGGGCGGAUUCCUGGGGGCGGGGGGCGGGGCGGGGGGGUCUUUGAUCUCUUGCUGCGGCCAGGCUAAGCAACAGCAGGUGGCGCGGAAGGUGCCACCGGGCCCUGCAGGGCGCGGGAGGAGAGCCGAGCUGCGGGCCUGGGCCCUGGCGCAUGCUCCGGGGAACCCACCAAAAGCUCGGUGAGGCGGCAGGCACCUGGCCCGGGACAGCGAGCGAGCGAGCGCCACGGAGCAAGGACUUGGGGAGUCUGGUUUUACAUGGAGUAAAAUCCAUAUGGUUUAUAUAUAUAUAUAUAUAAAUAUAUAUAUAAAUAUAUAUAUAUUUUUCCUUUAAUCUUGGGCAUUUUGUUUCUCUUUCGGAGAACAUAACUUGAAAAAAGAAAAAGAUAAACACUACAAGAGCCAAUACUCAUAUAAAGAGAAAUUGUAUCCCAUAAAAGCUGUACAGUUUUAUAUACAUUAACAAUGUACUUUUUGCUGCCUUCUAGAUAAUUUAUUUUGCAACACAUUACUGCACAGUUGUAAAUAACUUAUGUACUGUAACAUCACUUUCAGUCAUGUGUAAAGAAAUAAAUUAAUUAAUUAAAA